UCACGCACCAGUACGUCAUAACGUUUCUGUCGCUAGCGUAAACAUUUAGACCACCAAAUGCUACAUUUCCUUACGAGAUUUUCAUGAAACCCACGACUUUGCGGGUUUAAUUGGUAAAUUGUGAGUAAAUAGCGCGCGUUCCGUUUCUUUUGCCGCUCCGCAGGGUUCAGCAGCGCCGCAGUGACGCUGGAGCUGCGGUGAAGGCGGAUGGCGGUGUAACGAAGAUUUGUGUCGACCGAGCGCACGAUGGGCAGGAAAGCUACUUUUGACUUUAUCGAUAAGGUGGAGCUUUUUUUGCGGACUGGAACUUUUCCAGCAGAUGCAACAAAGAACUCGAAGAAAGUGAUCAGAGCUUCCAGUAAACGCUUUUCAUACAAAGAUGGUUGUCUGUGGCGUCAUUAUCGGGGUCGCCUUCUCCGCGUUGUCAGGAGUGACGAAGAAGUGCGAGAGAUCCUGACUCGUUACCAUGACAACAACAAUCAUGCCGGCCAGGGCCGGACAGUUAAGGAGAUAAUGAUGAUGUACUACUGGGCUGGAGUGACACCCGCAGUGAAGAAGUGGAUCAAAGAGUGUUCUCUUUGUCAUAACCGAACCCGUCCCGAAACACAAGAGGCGCCCAUCCAAUGUUGCCUGGUCUACAACUGUGAGGCCAACAGCUUUGUUUGCCCUGAAAUCAGCUUCCACAGAUUCCCCAAGGACACUGAGUUGCGGCGGAAGUGGCUGCUGCUGGCUCAAAGGGAUGAAGGGUCACUGCGCUUCAACUCCUACGUGUGCUCUAAACACUUUGAGCCGUCCUGCUUCACGCAGAAUGAGGGGGAGCAGCUGACUCUGUCUCCUGAUGCUGUACCAACUGUCUACACUGUGGUAGUGAAGGGUGACGAGGUUCUCAUCCCUUCAGAGGAUGACAUUCUUGAUUCCAACACUCUGGAGGAGCUCCUCUUUGCAUGUGAUACAGAGGCAAUAAAUCCCUCUGAAUCAGCCAUCGAUCUUCCUGAAACAUCUGUGGAGCUACAGGAACACCAGUACUGCCUCACUGCUCCUAACCCAUACUCCAGGGCCAUGCAGACAACGAGGACAGACAAGGAGAGAAGGAUCAGCAUUGAUCCGAGCUUUGGAAUUUAUAACCAAAUAGCCAGGUAUCUAAGCCACAGAGCCAUACCUCUGCUAAGUAAGAAAAACAGGAGCUCGUUUGUAAGGAGAGCCAGGUGCUAUAGCCUCAUAGAUGGAGUGCUGAUGUACUCGCGGGUCUCUCCUCCUGUCAGAGUCCCACGCAACAGAGAGGAGGUGAACUCCAUCCUGCAGCAGUUCCAUGACAAUCAGGGUCACAUUGGCCAGGGAGUGUGUCAACGAGAGAUCACAAAGCACUUCUACUGGCGCAACAUGACCCGAGACCUGUCCAGCUGGAUCGCCAGCUGCCAGACCUGCCUCAACCGAAACAAGAGGAAGUGGCUCCGCUGCAGCGUCUACUGCUGCACGAACUGCUGCGGGCCUGUGGAGAGAGGCCUGGGCCUCACCUUCCAUAAGUUUCCUCUCCACAACUCGUCCCUGCUUGCUCAGUGGUUGAAGGCUGUUGGUCGUGCUAACUGGCAUCCUCGGCUCCGUUCGUCCGUGUGUUCGGCCCAUUUUACAGAGGACUGCUUUGACCGCAGUGGGGAUAAAGUUAGCAUCUAUCCAGGUGCUGUGCCCACUCUCCUUCUCCCCAGAGAAACUGCGGCUGAGAACAGGGGACCCACCGAGUCUGCUGUGGGGGAGGAGGCCUAUUUUGCCAAGUUCGAUGCUGUGGAGCUCUACCUCCGCAGACGCAUUUAUCCGCCUGGACUGAACUACGUUGAGAAAAACACAUUCAGGAGGUUUUGCAAGAAUUUCAACAUUAAAGACGAUGAGCUCCACUUCGUGAAGAGAAACCGUGUUUCUUUGGUUUUGAGGAGCAGGGAGCAGAUUGAAGUCGUCCUCACUGAGUAUCACAAUGAACUGAACCACCUGGACGUCAAAAAAUGUCUCCGCCUGCUCAGUGAAAGAUUUUUCUGGAAAGCCAUGAGACGUGAUGUGGUGCAGUGGAUCAACAACUGCUCCCAGUGCAACAAGAAGAAGUUGAAUCAACCAAAAAAGCAAACGGAGCCGAGAGGCUCAGAGUCGCUGCUGCAGGCGCUGGGGUCGACACAGACGCAUGAUGAGGACUCGGACAGUGGGAAGGAUGAAACCAGUUACAACGACGAUGAUGAUGGUGGUGAUGCUGACGAAGGCAACGUGAGCUGUGGCAAUGCAGAAGCUCAGCCAGCAGCUCGACAGGAGAACACGUCUUCUCCUUUGUCCCCUUUGCCUGUAAUGUCCAUCAUCAACUUUCAGUCCAGCACACCUGACACAGGACCGGUGCUUGUCCAGAACAUGAACCAUCCACAGUCUGAAGUCGCUCAUGAGACAAACAUCUUGGACGUUCAGCCCGACAGUCAGCACAGCCAGACAGAGCUGCAGGAGCAGACACCUCCGCACCAGAAUGAAACCUGUCGAUCUGAGGGCAGUGCCAGAACUCAUCACUGCAUCCCUGGAAGAACCACACAAGCCACAAAGCAACCUCCUCCAGCUGAGCUCAUAGCAAAGCCGCCCCAAUGCACAAGCGAGCCACCUCAGCCUCCAACGAGUGGAUUAAAGGCCCAGUCCAAAUGCAGAACAUCGUCGCAAUCCCAGAGUUCUCAGAGGGUCCAACGUGUGUUAAAGAGGAAGAGAGCGCCAGAGGAGAGCCCUUCACCCAAGAGGAGCUCCGGCCUGGAGCCGGUGGUGGCCCCGAGCUCCAAGCCCUGGCCUGUGUUCACCAUCUCCCACUCCACUCAGCCACAUGUGGCAAAGUCCACUCCAGAGGCUCACAGCAAGGCUCCUGUCCACGGGUCCAAGAAAGGAGCCCGAGCCGUCAUCCAGCAGUGCAGCCAGGCCAAAGUUAAGAUUAGACCCGCUCUAAACGAGGCUGAUGCUCAAUGGGCUGAGAUCCAAACGGGCAUGGUGGUGUAUGUGUGCUUCUUCGAUGGAGCUACAGAGGAUGUUGCCUAUGAGAUGGCCAACUGUCUGAUGACCACCAGGAUUUUCCGAAAAAGCACCCGUCAAGCCGUGUCCAUCCUCGAGCUUCCUGGAAGCGUUUUAUUUAUCCCCCAGGACUCGCUGGUCUGGGAGCCAGCGCCUAAGAAAAAGGUGCAGUACAAAGGUAUGUGUGAGCCGUGGUGGGGGGCCCAGCUCUUCUCCACCCUGGUGUCCACCUGCAUCGACCUCAUGUCGGACUCAGCCAAGUGCAAGACGGCGGGAGCGAAGGUGGAGCAAGGAGUCUACGGGCAGAAACAAGAAAUAGUUUUCAGCUCUGUGGAGCCGCUGACACUUCUGCUGGAGUUCUGAGGAACUGUUACAGUUGUCAGCACUUUUAGGUAAAUCAUGUGAACACAAACGCCUUGAUGAACCUCAGCUUCAGCAUCAUAAGGCUUUUUAGGCUUCUGUGACCAACCAGCGAGCUUCAGGGCUGCAGACCUUCCCCAGAUUUUUCACCCCCUGACCAGAGGCCUUUAAGGAUGAUUAAAAUGAAAGUUAUUCCAAAAA